UCCUCGUAGAGAAAUGAGCUCUCUGGUCAAAUGACACCAAUAUGUAGUUGACAGGUAGAUCGAUGUGGAUGCCGGAGACCAUAAGAUGGCCUCCACAUGUGGACAUGGAGAUGGAGGAGGAGGCAGGUGAGGUGGGCUGUCUGGAUUCAAGAGAAAGCCGAGCAAACAAAGAUUUGCAGUCGGAAAACAAGGAGGAGAUAAAAAGAAGAACAGCUUUCACAGUUCAUUUGUAUAGUAACCGCACAAAUAGGAAAUGACAGCCCACGAGUCAAUAGUCAAUCUAUCGGGACGGAGGAGAACCAUUGGUUUUGCUCCUCCUCUCCUCUGACUUCCGCCCUCUCCACCACCGAGCUCAAUCCAUCCUUCCGGCCUCUGCCCACAACUCCACGGGUAUUUCUUUCCUUGUGGUGUUUUCUGCUCACCAAAACAUUCCGUCAAAACUUUCCCUUGCCACUGGCGCAAUUGCGUGACUGAUCCUUCUGAUGCCAUGAGUCUUGUCUUCCGUCUCUUCUUGGUGGUAAAAAUUUGAUCUUGACUUGAAUUAAUUGGAGAAGACGAUGCUCCCUUCAUGGAUGAUAUCUGCGAGGAGACUUAGAUUUGGCUGAUUCAGGAAGGGGCGUUGAGGAGAAGGGCAGGAAAGAUGGGUGAGAGCAUGGCUGCUAGAUAUUGGUGCCACAUGUGCUCUCGGUUGGUGAAUCCGAUCACGGAAGUGGAGCUCAAAUGCCCGCACUGUGACAGUGGAUUUGUGGAAGAGGUGGACGGCAGAGAAGACGUGGACGAUCAAACCCUCUCCCCAUGGGCUCCGAUCUUGCUGAGAAUGCUCGGGGGUGGCUCCCUGCGCCGCCGGAGAAUCCACAGGGAAGUGGAAAGGGAGAGUUCGGACCGAGAAGUCGAGGCCUUUCGCCGAAGGCGGAGGAGGACCCCCGCCAUGCUUCAGAUGCUCCAUGCCCUCCGGGAGGGGAACCGAUCGGAGCCGGGUAGGAUCGACGUCGAGAGGGAGCACGGAAGGGGAACGGAACAUGUCAUCCUCAUCAAUCCCUUCGCCCAGGCAUUGAUUCUGCAAGGAUCAUCCGAUGCGGACCAACUGCAAGGCCCUGGUCUGGAGCUCUUGCUGCAGCACCUGGCGGAGAACGACCCAGACCGGUACGGGACGCCGCCGGCUCUGAAAGAGGCGGUGGAUGCAAUGCCUACAGUGAGAAUCGAGAAGAACACGAGCUGUUCCAUCUGCUUGGAGGAUUUGGAAGUUGGCGGAGAGGCCACGGAGAUGCCCUGUAAGCACAAGUUUCAUGGCGGCUGCAUCUUGCCGUGGCUGAAGCUCCAUAGUUCCUGCCCUGUUUGCCGGUUUCAGAUGCCUGCCGAUGGACCGAAGGCUACAAGUGCAGGUGGUAGUGGCAACAGAGCGGCGGUCGGGGAUGGGAGAAGCGUGCCAUGGCCUCUCGAUGGCUUCUUCCCUUUGUCAGCUUCUCGAAGCAGUAGCAACUCCUCCUUCUCACCACCGCCAUCAUCAUCGACGUCGGGAAGUAGCUCGCAGCCAAAUGAGAACUGAAGACGUGCGCUCAAUCUCUGCUGCCGAAAUUGCUUCGUUUUCUGAUUUAGCAAUCUGAAAGAACAAAAUGCUUGCAAUUGCAUUGUCCUUUGGAUUCUCGA